GGAGAGGUUUGGCAUUUCCUUUGCAGCUGUUCACACACUGAGAAAACAACCCAUCUUGUGUAAAUCUCUUUCAUCACUGGCGUAAUCAUUACACAGUGCAGUCUGGGAAGGGGGGUGGUUAUAGGGCGAGGUUAGCGUCGGCUGUGAGAGGGGACUCAGAAGGGGCUCUACAGUCUUUACAGUGAGGAGGACGGAUCCGUCAUGACGACCCCACCAGAUCAUGGAAAGCGGAGAAAGACCAGAGCAGAGCCACCAGGACAGGUAAGGAUCCAGGUUCCCAUCAUAGCUGUGUAUAAAGUACACGUGACGACGGGGGACAUGUGUUUGGCGGGAACAAAUGACCACGUGUUUGUUACCUUGGUGGGAACCAAUGGCGAGAGCGAACGCACUGAGCUGGACAACUAUGGCCUCGACUUCUGCUCAGACCAGACCAGCACCUACACGGUGAACACCCAUCCCAUGGGCCAUCUUCUGCUCAUCAAGCUGGAGAAAGCUCAAUAUCUUUUUCUGCCAGAAAAUCAGUGGUUCUGCUCCAAGAUUGUGGUGGAGACCCCAGAAGGAGAGGCCCUCCUCUUCCCCUGCCACAGAUGGUUGACCAGGGGGGAAGUACUGGAACUCAGAGGAGCCAAAGCGAUGAAGGCGAGUGACGAUUACCAUCCUUUGCUGAUUGAGCACAGGAGGAGAGAAUUGGCCAAACGUUGUCAACUUUAUCAGUGGAAGGUAUACGCUGACGGGACCACCCACAUCACUCAUUUUGAGGAAUCUGAGCUUCCAUCUGAAGUCCGCUUCUCGUUUUCCAAAGGACUUGAAUUCACGUUUUCAAAAGAAUUUGCUAUAGCUGAAGUCAAACUGAAAGGUCUGUUUGGAUCUGAGGAAUCAUGGGAGAGCCUGGAGUCCAUGAAGAACACACUCACCUUCAAGACGUCCUCAACAGCUGAAUAUCUCGCUGAGCACUGGAAGGACGAUGCUUUCUAUGGCUACCAGUUCCUGAACGGUGUCCAUCCCUCCAUGAUCAGAAACUGCCCCCAUCUGCCCUCAAACUUCCCCGUCACUGAAGAGAUGGUGCAGCCGUUCCUAGAGACUGGUACUUCCCUAAAACAAGAGAUCCAGAAAGGGAACAUAUUCCUGUGUGACUACAAGUCACUGGAGGGUCUUCCGACCCGCGUGGUGGAGGGGAAGUCACUGCCUCUCACUGCUGCCCUCUGCCUGCUGUACCUGGACACCGCAGGCACACUCAAACCCAUAGCUAUUCAGCUGGGACAGGAACCAUCAGAGAAGUGCCCAAUCUUCGUCCCCAGCGAUCCAGAGCUCGACUGGCUCCUGGUGAAGAUAUUUGUGAAAAAUGCAGAUUCAGUAAUUCAUCAGAUUAUCUCUCAUCUAAUGAAGACCCACUUGUUGGCCGAGGUGUUUGCUGUCGCUACAAUGCGUCACUUUCCAGACGUACACCCCCUUUACAAGUUAUUGACUCCCCACUUCCGCUACACUCUGCAAAUUAACGCAGCAGCUCGACGUGCGCUACUUGGGCCAACUGGACUUUUAGCAAGAAGUACCCCUGGCCUGGAGGGUAUAAUUGAGCUGUUGAGGAGACACCUGGCUGAAACCACCUACUCAUCUCUAUGUCUGCCAGACAACAUUGCUGAAAGAGGACUGCAGAACAUCCCUAACUUUUACUACAGAGAUGAUGGACUGAAGUUAUGGACGGCCAUCAACAGUUUUGUCCGGGCUAUGCUUGGACUCUACUACCCUACAGACGACGAGGUGUCUGGGGAUGUAGAGCUCCAGAGAUGGAUCCAAGAUAUCUUCACAAAGGGCUUCCUGGGCAACAGCAGCUCAGGGAUGCCAGAGUCCUUCAUCACCGUGGAAGCGGUUGUCAAGUUUGUCACCAUGGUGAUCUUCACAACAUCUGCUCAACACGCAGCUGUAAACAGUGGACAGUUUGACUACUACAGCUGGUUCCCAAACUCCCCUCUGCAGCUUCGAAAAGCACCUCCAACUACCAAGGGACUGGUUACCAUGGAUACCAUUCUGGAGACACUGCCAAAUAUUGGUGACACGGUCGCCUUCAUCAUCAGUUCAUUGGUUCUAUACAAGAAAUACAUGGACUCUGUUGUUCUUGGUUCCUACCCUGAGGAACGCUUUUGUGAGCCGGCGGCCAAGCGGAUUAUAGAGAACUUCCAGAAGGAGCUCUCCAGCAUCGAGGAAAGGAUCAUAACGAGGAACGCAAGUCUGGAUGUCCCGUACUGCUACCUGCAACCCUCAGAGAUCGAGAAUAGUGUGUCUAUAUGACUAGAACCACAAAGAUAUUCGCUACCGGAGGAGUACCAUUCCUGUUUGAUAAUGCUCAUCAAUGUGGGGAUAACAUUUGGGAACUCUGCGUCCUUUGUAUAUCCUGCCCUCAUAUUGAAAUCUGCCUCUAAAAUUGUACAUUCUCAAACAAAAAACGAAUCUGCGUAUUCUAACCAACAAUUAUUGAUUCAUUGUUAAAACAUUCAACGACUAAAUGUAUAAAUAAUGGAAUAAUAAAGAUGAAAUUGCCAAACGUA